AUGCAAAGCGCUAUCACACGAGCCAUCAACAUGCAAGGUUUUCAUGUGAUGGAGAAAGAGUUUGCUUACUGCUACACGAAACUCAGCGACCUGCCAAACUUUGGUAGAGUGUAUGUUUACGGUGUCGUGCGAUCUGUAACGGAUUCUAAUUUUGGUGGUCAGAUUAUAAAAAUCGAGGAUGAGGACGGCAGUGCUAUCGUUAAAGUGGUAAAAAAGUCUUCAAAGUACUUCUAUGAUCUCCAAGUUGGCAACAUCCUCCGAUUACAUCGGACAGAACUGGCAACUCUUCGUAAGCUCAUCGCACAAAACGAACCUCAAGCAGAGGAUGGGUCGCCUGCGCAGUCAAUACGCGUAGAAGAGUCAUGCGAAGAAAGUUCUUCCAAAAGGGUGACUGACGAGCCUGUUGUUGUUGAACGAACGCCAAGCAAGCGCAAAAGGUCGCGCACCGAUGAAAACAUCACAAAUGCUCGCGACAUCCCCAGGCUUGGCAAACAGUUUUUCAACUGGUAUGCACUGGUCCUUGGUGUUUAUACGGGAAAAGGCGAACCAUUCACAGUAUUCUUGCGAGUUUGGGAUGGAACGAAGCCGAGAUUCCCAGCAUAUCGAAAAAUGUUUCACGCGGAUAAGGACUCUAUUGAUACCGUUCAUUGUGAUAUCUCUCCGAGCCUCUUCGCUGUGAUCGAACCUUUCACUGUUGACGUAUGCUGUUACGGUGAAUGGGCGAGGAAAGCCUUGUCUCUCCGGGUAUGUCACAUCGCUGAGUGCCUAGCAGCGAAGCGAAAAACUGAUUUUUUAGUCUUCUCCUAGCU